AUGGAGGCAGCUCUUUUCCUGGUGGAUAAACAGUGUGACAGCUAUAGGGCAGCGAUCACAGCCUCUCCAGCGCUGCCCUGCCGAAAACAACCCCCAAAAAUGGCUUCAGAUAGCGCACACAUCGCCCAGCUGACUUCUGAGCUCUACUUUCUCAUAGCCAGGUUUCUGCAAGCUGGACCAUGUCAAGACACGGCCCAGAGCCUGAUAAGGGAGGUGGAGGAGAAGGAGCUUCUUCCCAAAAGAGUGGACUGGACAGGGCAAGAACACACUGGGACAUACGAGAAUUUGGUGAAACUGUACCGUCACGUCCAGUCGGACCACCUGCUGCAGAUCUGCACCCGUGUGUGUCCUCUGCUGGAGAAGGAGGUUCCGGCCAGUGUUCCAGGACUCUGCAGUCUGCUCGGGGCGGGACGGCAGAACCUGCUGCGCACAGACAAGAGCUGCAAGCAUGUGGUGUGGAAGGGUUCAGCUCUGGCUGCACUUCACUGUGGGCGACCACCAGAGCCCCCCAUCAUCUUUGGGAGUCCUCCAAACAUCGUGGAGACGAGCCACAGCCGCCGUCUGAAUGGCUCGUACCGGCAGAGGCAGCUGGUGCCCACAGCUGUGUACCAGCACAUGAAGAUGCACAAGAGGAUCCUGGGACACCUGUCAUCAGUGUACUGUGUGACAUUUGACAGGACCGGCCGCCGCGUCUUCACGGGCUCGGACGACUGCCUGGUGAAGAUCUGGGCCACAGACGACGGGCGUUUGCUGGCCACUCUCCGCGGUCACGCGGCCGAGAUCUCAGACAUGGCUGUGAGUCAUGAGAACACAAUGAUCGCGGCCGGAUCCUGCGACAAAACUAUCCGUGUGUGGUGUCUGCAGACCUGCGCUCCUCUGGCAGUGCUCGAGGGACAUACUGCCUCCAUCACCUCCAUACAGUUCUCUCCCCUCUGCAGCGGCUCAAAACGCUUCCUCUCAUCCACCGGAGCCGACGGCAUCAUAUGUUUCUGGCAGUGGGACGCAAGGUCGCUCAAGUUUGGUCAGAGGCCCAGUAAGUUCACAGAGCGCUCCAGACCCGGAGUCCAGAUGAUCUGCUCGUCCUUCAGUGCAGGAGGCAUGUUCCUGGCCACAGGCAGCACAGACCACAUCAUCAGAGUUUACUACUUUGGUUCCGGACAACCAGAGAAGAUCUCCGAGCUGGAGUCGCACACUGACAAAGUGGACAGCAUCCAGUUCUCCCACUGCAGCGACAGGUUUGUGAGCGGCAGCAGAGACGGCACCGCACGGAUCUGGCAGCUGCAGCCUCAGGGCUGGAGGAGCAUUUUGCUGGACAUGCAAAGCAAACUUCCCGGGAAGUACAACCCACCGCCGCUCGAGGAUAAAGUGACCAAAUUGAAGGUUACCAUGGUAGCCUGGGAUCGCCAUGACACCACCGUAAUCACAGCCGCCAACAACCUCACGAUCAAAGUGUGGAACUCCACCAAUGGAAACCUGGUGCACGUGCUCAUGGGUCAUGAAGACGAGGUGUUUGUUCUGGAGCCGCACCCGUUCGAUCCCAGAAUCCUUUUGUCUGCGGGACAUGACGGGAACUGUGUGGUGUGGGACCUGUCGAGGGGAGUGAAGAUCCGCUCCUACUUCAACAUGAUCGAAGGCCAGGGACAUGGUGCGCUCUUCGACUGUAAGUGUAGUCCAGAUGGGCAGCACUUUGCAGCCACCGACUCUCACGGACACCUACUCAUCUUUGGUUUUGGCUCCAGCAGCAAAUACGACAAGAUUGCAGACCAGAUGUUCUUCCACACUGAUUACCGGCCGCUGAUCCGAGACGCCAACAACUAUGUGCUGGACGAGCAGACUCAGCAGGCACCUCACCUCAUGCCUCCCCCGUUCCUUGUAGAUGUAGACGGGAACCCUCACCCGCCCCGUUACCAAAGGCUCGUCCCGGGACGCGAGGGCUGCAGGCAGGAGCAGCUCAUCCCACAGAUGGGAGUCACCUCAUCAGGUCUGAACCAAGUGGUGAGUGAGCAGGCCGUGGAUGGGCCCAGUCCGCUGGAUACAAUGAUCCAGCGGCUGCAGCAAGAGCAAGACCAGAGACGAGGAAACAACGACUCUGCAAACUCUGCUCCAGUGGGUUCACGCUCCAACAGAGGCUCGGUUGGUUCCCCCACAGAAGUGCACUCCCCUCAUAACGUGGGCCUCCGCCGCAGUGGGCAGAUCGAGGGUGUGCGGCAGAUGCACAGUAACGCUCCACGCAGCCAGAUGGCGACAGAGGGAGACCUGGUCGCCUGGAGCCGCCGAGUCCUGGUGCCCGAGCUCGAGGAUGCCACUGUCAGGCUGCAGGUGAACUGGAGGGAGGCGAAAGGAGAUGAGGAGAUCAAUAUCUAUCAGUCUGAACGCAGGAGACGCACUGUCCACGCAGCGCCCAAAGAAAACAAGAUCAACCCUCCCCCUGAGUGUGUGUCUGACGAGGGGAAGAGGAGUCAGGGUAACCAUGGUUACCAAACACGUGCUGCCAUGGAGGAGACGAGUCGCCAGAGCGCAAACGAUGAGGAAGACAGCACCUCUGAGGCCGAGGUGGAUGUGCGACAAGUGAACGGUCAAUCCUCCGAAGACGAGAAAGAAGAAGAAGUUAAGGAGCCAUGGCCCGACGACCACAGCAGCUCAAGUGAAUGCUCCAGCGACUACUCUGACUGGACGGCAGAUGCUGGAAUCAACCUAGAACCUCCCAAAAAGAGUGUCAAAGUGAAGAAGAAGAGCUCCGAGGAGGAUACAGACAAGAAGAAAGAGGAGCGGAAGAAGGACAAGAAGAAGGAGAAAGUGGACAAAGACAAAGAUGGAGCUUCACCAAAGAAGAGCAAACCGCCCAAAGAGAAGAGGAGGGAAGAGAAGGCCAAGCGAGCCCAGCUGCAGGAGCAGGGCCUGACUCUGGAGGAGUGGCUGCCGGCGGCCUGGAUCACAGACACUGUCCCGCGGAGGUCUCCCUACAUCCCCCAGAUGGGAGACGAGGUUUACUACUUCAGACAAGGCCAUGAGGCGUAUGUGGAGAUGGCAAAGCAAAAGAAAAUCUUCAGCAUCAAUCCUAAAAAGCAGCCAUGGCACAAGAUGGAGCUCAGAGAGCAGGAGCUGAUGAAGAUUGUUGGGCUGAAAUAUGAAGUCGGUUUACCCACACUGUGCUGUCUCAAACUGGCCUUUCUAGACCCAGACUCCAGCAAACUCACUGGAGGAUCCUUCUCUAUGAAAUACCACGACAUGCCAGAUGUGAUCGAUUUCCUGGUUUUGCGACAGCAGUUUGAAAACGGUCGGCGACGGCAGUGGAGCAUAGGUGACAGAUUCCGGUCGGUGAUUGAUGACGCCUGGUGGUUUGGGACGAUCGAGAGCCAGGAGCCGUUCCAGCAUCAGUACCAGGACAGCCUAUUCCUCUGCUACAGCGUCUGCUGGGACAAUGGAGACACCGAGAGGAUGAGCCCCUGGGACAUGGAGCCUGUGCCUGACGAUGCCUCGUUCCCUGACGAGCUGGGCCUGAGUGUCCCGCUGACAGAGGAGGAGCACCGCGAGCUGCUCUACGUCCCAGUGGAGGGCGAGUGGGGCUGCAGAGCCAGAGCUGACGAGUGCGACCGCAUCAUUAAAGCCAUCGACCAGCUCUGCACUCUGGAUGUGGCUGCUCCGUUCGCCUUCCCUGUGGACCUGCAGGCUUAUCCAACCUACUGCACACUGGUGGCCUAUGUCACUGACCUCAGCACCAUACGCCAAAGGCUGGUCAACCGCUUCUACAGGCGGCUGUCUUCUCUGAUGUGGGAGGUGCGCUACAUCGAACACAACACUCAGACGUUCAAUGAACCGGGGGCUUUUAUUGUGACCACUGCCAAGUUUGUCUCUGACCUCAUGCUUCAGUUCAUCAAAGACCAAAGUUUGACGGACCUCAUGCCUCUUUACAAAACAAUGAAGAAAGCCACUCUGUCCGACUCUGAAGACUCUGAUGAUGAGGAAGAAGACGAAGAUACCAAUACUCCUGGGACAUCCACAAGAAACCAGGGUCGGCGGUCGACUCAAAGGCCGCUGCGGAACAGGAACUCGUCGUACGACCCUCACUCAUGGAAGAGCCGCUGUAAAGACCUGCUGGACCUCAUCUUCCAGUGUGAAGACUCGGAGCCUUUCAGGGAACCCGUGGAUCUGCUCGAGUAUCCGGACUACUUGGAAAUCGUGGACUCGCCCAUGGACUUUGGCACAGUCCUGAACACACUGACGGGAGGUAAAUACCAGUCGCCCAUUGAGCUGUGCAAAGAUGUCCGUCAGAUUUUCAUCAACUCUAAAGCCUACACUCCCAGCAAGAAAUCCAAAAUUUACAGCAUGAGUUUGAGGCUGUCGGCUCUGUUUGAGGAGCACAUCAGUCCCAUUUUGGCGGAUUACAAAGCCAUCCACGGUUUGACGGACAGACUGACCAGACAGGGCUCAGACCGUCAGACCAAACACGCCUCGGACCGGCAAACGCGGCACGCCCCAAAGAGGAGGCGGAGGAGGAGCGACUCUGCCAGCAGCACAGCCUCCAGUCCUGAAAGGAAGCGACGUGUUUCCAGCAGAGUGGUCUCCAAACGAGAGCCAUCACCGCCCCACACCAGACCCCCCUUUUUGAGACAGAACAUCCCGUCGAAACAGCCCCCCCUGCUGGUGAACGGGAAAAGCGACACUCUGACUCCAGGCCGAACCCGCAGCUCUGCACGCCUCCCAACUCAUUCCCCACAACCCCCCACCACCGCCGCCAGCAACUCACAAACCACUCCAGAGUCCACCAGGUCGACUAGAGCUCACAACUCUCUCUCCUCUUCAACACCAUCAGCGAACGACAGAGUGACAUCACCACCUGCUGCUGAGAUCAGUGGAGGAAGCACUCGCCGCAAACUCAGGACCCCCAUACGACACACGGCUGAAACUGCUGCCAGCGCGUCCACGCCAACCACUGCUCACCUGAACGGACACAACAGUCACGUGACCGUGGGGAGGCGGAGUCGUAGGAUGGGGGCGGAGCCUCCCUUGAGUCCUCCUGAAGACGUCUCCACAAGUCCAGAAAGUCCGUCCAGACCACGGGGCCGCCCUCUAGCCUCCACCAAGAAGAAAAGCAAAACGAAACCAGAGACUGACGAAGAGCUCAGCCAAUCCACAGGAGACGAGGGCGGGGCUUCCUCUGCUGUGUCAGAUUCUGGCAUGCCAUCACCACGACGACGAGGGAGACCCAAAACGAGCUAUGCCGAGGAAACGCCGCCUCCUAAAGAGUCACAAACCGAGCCCUUAAGACGGAGCAGCCGCCACACGCCAGAAGAGACCACUCCCCCUUCUCACACAACCUCACCACAGACCCACCGCAGAGAGCCCCCAGCCGAGGGCCUGGAGGACCCGGCCGGGAGCAUGCGCACGCGGAACCAGGGCCGGCGCUCAGCCUGGUACAUGGAGGAGGACUCUGAGGAGGAGCAAAGACAGCUGCUUUUUGAAGACUCCUCCAUCACCUUCGGGACGUCGUCAAAGGGCCGCGUGAGGAAGCUCACAGAGAAAGCCAAAGCCAAUCUCAUUGGCUGGUAA